AUGCGGCCGUUCCUUGUUCUGUCCGCUCUGCUAGCGGUGGCCCACGCCCAAAACACAACCGACCCCCUGACUGUCGAUGUCGGAUAUGGCAAGUACCGGGGCUUCGAAGACGGCGGCGCCCGCAAGUGGUACGGCGUCCGCUUCGCCGCUCCCCCCACGGGCAACAACCGCUUCCGGGACCCGCAGGACCCUGAGCCUUUCGAGGGCGUGCAAGAUGCCACCGAGUUCGGCGCGAUCUGCCCGCCUCAACAAGCAAGUGACUUCAGCCUGAGUGGGCAGUCCGACCGGUUCCACGUGGACGAGGACUGCCUGUUCCUCAGCAUCACUGCUCCAUCGAGCACGACAGAUCCCAAGCCGGUGCAUGUGUUCAUCCAAGGCGGCGGGUUCACUUCCAACUCCAACGCCAACUACAAUGCCAGCGAGGUGGUGACAGACGCCGAGAUCGUCUCUGUGCAAUUCAACUAUCGCGUUGGAAUGACCGGCUUCCUCUUCAGUGAGGAGGCUAUUGCAGACGGCAGCCCCAACGCCGGGAUCAAGGACAUGAUCAAAGUCCUCGAGUGGAUCCAGGAACACAUAUCCAAGUUCGGAGGUGACCCAACCCGGGUGACAAUCGACGGCGUCAGCGCCGGAGCAGGCGCCGUAGCCCUCCUCAUGGCAGCCAACAAGGGCGCACUGGGAGGCACCCUCUUCCACGGCGGGAUCGUCGAGUCCGGCGGGUGGGUGACGAUGCGCAAGCUCGACCAGGGCCAGGACCAGUACGACUGCCUCACAGCCGAGAAAAGCUGCAACGGCACCGGCGUCGACAGCCUGCAGUGCCUGCGCGAGGUGGCGCUGGAGGACCUGUACAGCAGCACGUGCUGGUUCGGCCCCAACGUCGACGGCGAGCUGUUCGGCGACAGGCUGGUCGAGAUGUACGAGGCCGGCGACGUCGCCGACGUGCCGAGCAUCAUGGGCGCCUGCGCCAACGAGGGCACCCUCUACAUCUUCGACAGCUCCGCCAACACGACCGAGGCCUUCGACAGGUACAUGCUCGGCCAGGUCCCCACCCUGACCAACUCCUCGCUUGCCAUCAUCAGGGACCUCUAUGCGGACCAGCCGGCGCCUCACUUCCCCAAGUCCGGGAACCUGUACCGCCAGGGAGCCAACGCCAUUGCUGACCUUGGCACCAACUGCCCAAUCAAAUUCAUCCAAAACGCCCUAGCAGCAAAAGGAACCCCAACCUACAACUACAAGUACGCCAUCCGCGACGCCGAGGACGAGGCCGAGGGGCUGGGCGCCUGGCACGUAGUGAACAACUACGCCUUCUACGGCGCCAACAGCACCGACAUGAACGCGCCGGCGAGCUACAAGGCGGGCGCCCACGCGGCCGCCCUCAAGGUCGCCCGCGACUACUGGACCAGCUUCGUGCGCAACCAGGACCCCAACACCGACAGGGCGGGCGGCUCCCCGGAGUGGGCGGCUUGGUCCGGGCCCGGCGCGGACGCGCGGGAGCGGCUCAUCAUCGCCACGGACACGGCGCGCAUGGAGCACAUGACGGACGCGCAGAGCCUGCGCUGCGACGCCGGGCGCGCCUUCACGAUCGGCCUCGGGGCCGGGUGGCCGAGCGAUGUCAAGGACCCUGCCAACGCCGUGGACCUGGACGCCGGGCUGGCGAGGCGGGCGCUCGAGGCCGAGGACUGCGGUUUUGACGAGGGCUGCCGCGCGCCGGACUGCUCCGUCAUCCCGCCCACGAGCGGGACCUUCCCUGAGCAGGUUGCCAAUGCUGAGUUUGUCUGCUCGGCGAAGUCGGGCCUUGCGGUGGCCAGGUCUAGGCUGUUCAAGCGUGAAUUUAUGUCAUAG